GAAAUGUCUGAACGUUCAGAGGAGUCAAUCGGUUUGUGUCUCUCAGAGGACAAAAGCAGACUCACUCUAUCUGAUGAAACGGGAGAAGCUAAGACAAACAAAUCCAUAUCUGUUGAAAGUUUAUCCUUGACUAAAAUUUCAGCUGCCAAUACUGGUAUUUUCACUUCAGAGCACCAGCCAGUCUUUAUCACAGUACCAUAUGACGAAGACCAAGAAAGACCUACUAAGAUGUUAGAAAACCCUCCUAAUUUUCUGUCAGUGUCACAUCACAACACCUCAACCAGUGGAGUCACACCAAGUGCUACUGCUACCACUCUGGAGGGAACUCUUGAUGAUAUUCCUGAUUUUCAGGAGAUGCUUCCUCUAACCUCUGUUGUUGUGACCAAAAAAGAUCAAGAUGUAGAUGAAAGUGUAACCCCGGAAAGUUCUCCAGCGAAAGACUCUAAUUACAAUCAGUCCUUAUCUCCGCCAUCUGGCCUACUGUUGAACACAAAAGAAAAGUUGCUUACAUCAGAAGCAAGGUUUAUGCAAGAGGUUAAGCGACAGAAUACUACCAAACCAACAUCGUCUAUUAAAUCGUUUGCUUCUAACACAGCCCCCAAAACAUCAACAUCAGGAAUAACAGUUGUUGAAGUUAAACCUCCCAGAAAACCAGAUGGAAGAGUAACAGGGAGCGAUGUAAGCAGACAAACUAAUCCUGAACAUUCUAUUGGAUCCAUCAAGUCUGACACAAUGGGAGAUUUUUCUGCUUCUGUUUCCAACUCUAGUUUCUCUACUUCUAGUAGGCCCAGUGAUAUGACUGUUUUCAAGACUUUUAAUCCAGACUGGCCAGUAAGAGAGAAGCCAUUUCUAUUGCAUAUGCCAAAUUUGGAGGAUACUGAGAAUAACAGCACUUCUCACGGCCACCGACGUCCAAGAAAAGUUCUCGGUAAUAUGAAUACGUCAAGUAAUAAUCAGAAAACAAAAUCUACUAAAAAUUGGAAAGCUUUGGAGAGUAAAAGUCGUUCUGUCGAUACGAGAACUCCAACUCCAUCCAAUAACAGUGAUUCUAGCUUAUCUUACGAAGCAGCAUCUAAAAAACGAAGGAAGAAACAAGUUGUUAACUACAUGAACGAAAACGGUAUAAAACAGAUAGUAAAGGAAGAAAUGACAGCUGUUGUUAGUAUGCAAAAUGAGAUUUGGCAUAAAAUUUUAGAUUCUUUCGUCGACAAAGCAUUAAAGGGCAAUGAGAACCAUGUUCAAAGUGAGGCUCCUCGUGUGAAACCAUCUCAAUCAGGAAUGGUCAUGCUCCAGUUACCCAAGGAUGAACCAGAACCAUACACUUUCUAUAAGCCACUUAAAAUCCCAAUUUUUAAGUCAGGUGACGAGGCGACUAGACAGGGUCCUAUGUUUCUGCAAUUGCCUACAGAAGAAGAUGAAAUAGAUGAAAAGGUGGCUCCACUCAGUAUCAAAAUUGAACAAAAAACUAGCUCUGAAGAAGUUGUCGCACCAGUUCCAGCUGCAUCACACCUUGAUGUUUCUGUUCAAACCAGCAACUCUGUUGCACAAACACCAGAGUGUGUAGAAGUGGGUGUGCAGCCUGAUUUAGAAAUUGAAAUCACACAACCCUCUAAACAACCCUCUAAACAUGAAACAAACCCAGUUCACGGAUCUGAAAAUCUUCCAAUAAAGCAAAACUUGAUGAAACCUCUUAGUGAGAAUCUAGAAUAUCAGAAGACUGUAAAUAAACAGGAAAUACCUCUAAAAGUUAUGGAGGAAUGCAAGAUGUUGCUUGAGAGAAUCCAGAAUUCAGCAAAUGAGCUCAAAGCAAUUAGAAAAGACAACACGGUAUCACGUAAAGCCACGGCUGAAACUCCCGAGGAGCAGUCAUUUGUUCCCAGCAAAGAAGAAAAACAGUCAUAUAUCAAAUCGAAGCAUGAAAUAUUCUUGGAAAAAUUUUUCGAUGAAGAACCAAGCAAAAAGAAGGGAAAAGCAAACAGGUUUAUAGACAUAGUAGAUCUUCCUCAAAGCACUACUAACUCAGGUCAUUUCGACUUAUUGAGAAGAACAUCUCUUACAAGAAAACCGGAAUCAGAAUUCCUUCAUAUAACUGAUAUAAGUGAUCCCAGAAAGACCCAUAGUGUAGAUAAGCGUCUCAAAGUUGAAAGAGGUCAUGGUGCAAGGGCGUCUAAAAAAGAAUUGCAACAUAAAAAGAAGGGAAAAGAUAAAAAACCUGAUAAAAUCGACGGUGGACUAAGAACCAAAGACGUAUUUGCUCCCAAAAGAGAAAUUCCAAGAAGUCUAGAACUAAACGUAGAGUCACCUAGAUCUCGUAAAUCUUCAGCGGUUGAUGAGCCAGCUAGCCCCUCAGCUCACUCAAAGAGAUCAGACGAUGAUCUAAUUCCUGAAGCUCCUCCUUCACCUGGCGAGGUGGCUGACUACAAGUCCCAAUCUAUGUCGUCAAUUGGUAAAUAUCUGUCACAGAAAGACGACGAAGAAAUCUCAGUGUCUGAUAAAACAAUUGAGAAUGAAGAACCAAUGUCUGAAGAACCAAUGUUUGAAGAGGGGGAUACUUUAUCUUCACAACCUUGUAAAUCACCUGAUUUCAUUCUUGAGGCUAGAAAUCACUCCACUCCGCAAAAGGAAAUUCCUGAACGCCACACAGCACCAGCAAGCGAGGUAGAAUCAAGAGUUUCCUCAGAGUCUUAUCAGCCAAAACCGAUCGACCCUACCCAGUUCAGUCGAUACAUUGAAGACAACCUGUCAAAAAUAAAGCAAGCUUACAGCGAAAGUCAACAGAAAGAAGUCGACAGAACAAAGAAGAUCAACAUGCUCCUCCAAAAUCGGGGCACCGUUCAAAGUGCUGCCAAAUCCACAUCCAAUGUUACUCGACCAACUCCAAUCCGUCCGUCACCCCGGCUCAAAUCAGAAACAGUAACUCUGAUAAAAGCUCCCAAAUUUAUCAUGAGCAGAGACCCACCCAGCCAGAUGAAUCCCUGCUGAUACGACCCAGCAGUAAAGCAUCUGGUGUGAGCAGCGAUACGUCACUCCCUACCAACACUGACGAUUUAUUGAGAGCGGCACUUGAUAGUGAUAGUACCAUGCCACCAGAGCCAAGACCAACUAAGCUUGCUGCGGAAAAACCCAGAAAACAGAUCAGUAAAAAGAAGACUGCACAUAAUCAUGAUAAAAAGGAAUUGGAGAUGUGGACAGAAGAAAAGCGAAAAGCAAGAAUGUUGGAGUUUAAGAAAGAACAAGAUGAAAAGAGAAAGCAAGAAUCUCGACCUUAUCAGAAACCAAAAACCCAACCUACACCUCCGAGGAAUGAGUUCGACAGAAAAGCAGCUAUACUAAGAAGACUCAAUGUGGCUGAGGAACUGUUCAAUGACAUACAAAAGACACCUAAACCUGUGGUAGCAAAGUCAGGACCAUUUAAAGAUAGAACAACAGAGUGGGUACAUGGACUUAACAUAGAGGAGUUUGACUCGAUACACUCACAAGCUUUUACAUCUGAGCGUGGUGCCUCAGAAAUAACCGAGGGCAUUUCUCUACCUUGAAAGCUUGUUGUGACUAACACUUCAAUAGUGAAAUCUAUUAGUUAUUGUAAUGUUUUAUUCUGAUAAUGUCUAGCAUAUGUGAUUUUGAAUCUCUGUCGAAAAUUUUAUUAAAGUAUUUAUGUCCGUCGCUUUGGUACUGAUUAUUGGUAUGUUAACAUAAUGUAAAUUUUGUUUUGACUAUCUAUACGAUUGAGAAGAUGGCUUGUUAUCGAGUGUUUACUGUUUAAUGUUUACUGUGACAAGAUAAAGUUAUGUAUUUCUUCUGAAUUUGUAAUUGACUUAAGUGUAUUCAGUUGUAAGAAAGUAUUUAAA